AUGUCGUGUCUGGUGCUGCUGCUGGCGGCGUGGAGCGCGGCCACGGCGAGCGCAGCGCGGGUGCUGAGCGAAAGAGGAGAGGAGAGCAGCUUCCUGAGAGGAUUUCAGGAGAGACAAAGAUCCGUCGGUAGGACGAGCGAAGACGAAGCUGCCAAUGGUGGUACAAUCCUUUCCGUCUCAGGUCAGACGGUGUGGUUUGGGGGGGUCCAGAGCGUCCCUUGCUAUAAGAUCGCAUAUUUCCAGGACGUGUCGAGCCGCGUGGCGUUCAGGGAGGCGCGGCAGGCCUGCGAGGUGGACGGAGGCUCUCUGCUCAGCAUCGACAGCCAGGCGGAGCAGGAGCACAUCGAGCACCUGCUGCAGGAGCUGAGGUCAGGAGCGGUGGGAGGAGGGGUGCUGGGAGGAGGAGGUGCUGCAGGAGGAGGUAUAGCGGAUGGGGAUUUCUGGAUUGGUCUGACUCGGGUGGACGGAGUGGAUCAGACUCAUGCUGAACUGAGCAACACGCUGACCUCGUGUCCACAGCUGUACCACUGGACGGACGGCAGCGUGGCGUCCUUCAGGAACUGGUACUUUGACGAGCCGUCCUGCGGCGGCGAGGCCUGCGUCGUCAUGUACCACCAGCCGACGGCGCUCGCCGGUCUGGGCGGGGCUUACCUGUACCAGUGGAACGACGACCGCUGCAACAUGAAACACAACUUCAUCUGCAGGUACGAGCCAGAGAGCCACCUGGUGAAGGAGCACGGAGACACACCUGCAGGGCGGGGCACAGAGGCGACAGCAGGUGGAGGUGUGGUCAAACAGCCUGCAGGCAGUGAGGAGGUCCCCCCUCAGGUCACCAUGGCUGGAUCUUCAGGUAUGUUGCUGGUGUAUGUUAUCAUUCCUACCAUCCCUCUGCUGUUGUUGAUCCUGGUGGCGUCGGGGACGUGUUGCUUCCAGACGCUCAGUCGGAGUACUCCGCGCUCAAAGACCGCCGCCGCGGGGCCGUCCAACCUCUGGAUCUCCAGGACGCCAAAGACGGACACCAUGGAGGUCUGACAUCACGGCCCGGCCCGGCCAAUCACAUUCAUCCUGCCGCCACCGGAGGCGGAGCUUUGAGAGGAUGAUGAUGUCAUUAGUUUUGAUUUCUGAUGUUGAUGUUUAUACUAGAAAUGUACAAAAGAGUUCACACAUUACUGCACAGAUACUUCUUCCUCCUUUAGCUCCUCCCUCCUUUCCUUCUCUUAGCUCCCCCUCUUUAAUUUCCUUCCUUAGCUCCUCCUCUUUUCCUUCUAACCCUAACCCUCCUCCCGUCUUUCAUUACAUUAAUUACAUUACAUUACAUGUUCAUUUAGCAGAUGCUUUUGUCCAAAGCGACUUACAAUAAGUGCAUUCAACCUGAUGGUACUAGACAUAGACCACAGGAAUCAAGUAAGUACAUAACUUUAAGAGCUAACUGUCAUCGCUACAGGAGUGCUAUAU